AUGGAGAUCUGGGCGCCGUGGGAGACUUCCCGCCAAAUUCUAACAGGCACGUGGAUUGGUCCCUUAACAUGCGUCCGCGUGGUGCGUCGCUCAAGGCCACACAUGUCUGCCUUGCCGCACAUUUGGGAGGCCGUCGAGGCCUUUCUGGACUGCUCGCCGAGCUGUACCUUGACGCAGGCCGCUGCGUUUGGAUCCAUGAGAUUGUUGCGCGGUAUCUCGGCGCGGUCCGGGGGAAUGGUCACGUUGGACGCGUUCUACAAGCAAGCGCAGUUCUCAGGCGCCAUGCAGCACGCAGCAGCGCGAGGAGACUUGGAAAUGAUCCAAUGGCUGCUGCAUUUCCAGCCUGGAGGCCUCGUAACUCGAGCUGUCGAACAGGCAGCGAGGAACGGACAGCUGCAUGUCCUCACGUGGCUGAAAGGACACCACGACCACGUUUUCUGGGGUGCGAAUGAGCUCCGAUACGCUAUUGAAGGGAAUCAUGUCGAGGUGGCAAGAUGGCUACAAGAGAAGACGCGACCACCUACGAAGCUUAGAGCGAUGAACUUGGCUGCAGCUAAUGGGAACCUCGAGCUGGUACAAUGGCUACAUGAGGUAAGACACGAAGCUUCGUCUUCUGCUGCUGUGAAAGCAGCGAAAGGAGGAUAUCUGGAAAUGCUCAAGUGGAUGGACAAACAUUCACUGUGUAAACACCAGGGAGUUCCGGUGGAAGACGCAGCGGCAGGAGGCCACUUGAAGGUUGUGAAAUGGCUACAUAAAUCCGGGGUCGGUAUUGCCACUCCGCGAGCAAUGAACGCAGCUGCAGCGAAUGGUCAUCUCGAAGUGAUCAAAUGGCUUCAUCGCAAAGGAAAAGAUUAUUCAUGUACCCAUGUUGCAAUGGACAAUGCAGCCAUGAACGGACAUUUAGAAAUUGUCAAAUGGCUACAUACUCAUCGAUCAGAAGGUAGCACAACAGAUGCAAUCGAUGGCGCGGCCAGAAAUGGAUACCGUGGAGUCGUACAAUGGCUACAUUCGAAUAGAAACGAAGGAUGCACGACUCGAGCCAUGGACGAGGCUGCUGCUAAUGGCCAUCUACAUACUGUGAUGUGGUUAAGCAAAUAUAGACCAACGAGUGAUCGCAUCAGAAGAGGCGGGGGCUGUACCACGAAUGCCAUGGACAGCGCUGCUCGUGGCAAUCAUUUGGAUGUGGUGAAGUUCCUGCAUAGACAUCGAGAGGAAGGAUGCACAGAACGAGCCAUGGAUGGCGCUGCUGGCGCUGGCCACGUAACGAUGCUCAAAUGGCUACAUGAACAUCGUAGCGAAGGCUGCACAGCUGCAGCGAUGGAUGAAGCAGCAGCAAAUGGGUACAUUGAAGUGGUGAAAUGGCUACAUGACAAUCGUGUCGAGGGAUGUACAGCACGCGCUAUGGAUGGAGCUGCAGCAGGCGGACACCUUCGAAUUGUCAAAUGGCUACAUAUCAACCGCUCCGAAGGCUGUACAGAGGCUGCGAUGGAUGGAGCUGCAGCGCACGGUAAGCUCGAUACACUGAAAUGGCUACAUAAAAACCGAUCCGAGGGCUGCACCACUGCAGCUAUGGACAAAGCUGCAGCUGGUGGACACUUUGAAGUGCUCUUGUUCUUACACACUAAACGUUCAGAGGGCUGCACAAUGGACGCAGCAGUCAGUGCAAGUCGCAACGAGCACGUAGAGAUUUUGCAGUGGUUUUUCCGCUUCUAUCCGCGAAUGAUUCACCGCGAGAAGGUUAUCGUAUUUGCCAAGCGGUAUAACUACUACCUCAUGGAUUGGCUACAUCGCAAUUACCAGACGUCAGGAGAGCGCACAGUGCUGGCAGAAAUCAACUCGUCCUUCUACCUGACACCUCCAGAGACGGAGGAACUGACCACAUAA